UGUUCUACAGAUAUUUGUGAUCUCAUUAGUGCAGUGAACGAUAUUUACGGUCUUCAACUCCUCUUCUGCUUGAUGUGUUGCUUCAUCAAGACUGUGACUACAUUAUUUCAUUUUUACUAUUUAAUCAAGAUGCAAGAAAUACAUUACUUUUUUCUGAUAGUUAUUUACAUUUGCGUUGUGUAUGGCACUCAAUUCUAUUUGAUUUGUUGGAUUUGCACGCUUGCGCGUCAAGAAUCCAUUAGGACUGGAAGAAUUAUAUACGAAAUUAUAUUAAAAUGCAAAACAGUGAAUCUUGAUAAACACGAGGCAAGUAAUCAAUCGAGUCUAGAAGUGCAACCUCCACUCGAAGAUCUGGACGGCAAUCAAAGUUUCAAUCGGAGCAGCAGUCACAAUUUGAGUUAUGCCGACGUGGAAAAUCUCUUGUGUAGAUAUUUGGAUCGAGAGUGUGUCACAAAAGAAAUCAAUGAUUUCUCGAUUCAACUGCAACAACAUCGAGUAGCAUUUACGGCCUGCAACUUCUUCGAAAUAAAUAAUAGUUUGUUUAGAGGUUUCGUCGGGUUGAUCAUCACUUAUCUAGUAAUUAUCAGUCAACUUGAUCGACAAUGUGAUAAAGAUUUUCAUGAACUACAAACAGAUAUUUUAAAAAUGAAAGAGGAAAUUUUGGGAAUGUUUUUAAAAGGAAACCAGACGGAUUUGCAGAAUUAACAAGAUUAUGUUAAAACUUAGAGAUCAGUUUACGAAAUAUUAAGGAAUGGUAUAGUAGGGCAGUUCAAAAACACUUUACAACGCUCCAUGGCGUACUGUACUAUUCUAAAUAUGAUAAGAUUUGCCAUAAAUUUUUAUUGUCUAAGAAUCUUGAUUUUGCCGUCCACGGAUGGCAAUAUCCCCCACCCCAAAGAUUGCCUAUUUACGGCUAUGUUACCAACUGUCCCAGAAUGUCGCAAAAAACGUGCUUUUUUGCAUAAAAGUAUAUUUACUCUUAAAAAUUAUUUAGUCAAAAUAAAAAAAUUAAUCAGUUUUUCAAAAUUCAUUUCUACGAAGCGUCUAAUCAAAGGCAGAAAAUUAAUACAGAAAUUAACCAAUCUUUUAAUGAUGAAAUAUGCUCUCAAGAGACAUAAUCAAAGGAGGAAAAAUAAUAAAGAAAUUCUAAUCAGACAAAAUAUGCACUUAAGAAACAUCUAAUCAGAGGAGGAAAAAUAACAAAGAAAUCAUUAGUCAUAUAGCAUAUUAAAAAGGAGCACCCGGUCGAUACUCACAAUUGUAAGCGUCGUAGAAUUAAGUUCGACAGGUCAAUCGGGUUACUCGAUACAUAUUUGUAGGUAUAGUUGACGAGCCAUUAGGCAGAUCGCGCUCAGAAGUAUAUCGCACGGAAAAAAAGGCGACAGCCGCCAAAAUCAGACGUUGUACGAACACUGGCUUGAGAACAUUGUAACAUCGCAGUACUAGUAAAGUAGAAUCUCAAGCAAAGUGAUACGCCUCACAUUUUAUUUGAUUAUCUACCGCAUUUCUUUUGUACCAUCUCGUCUACACAAUAUAAACAAAAUACCAUAGACUUAAGAUACGCACCGCCGAGUCCCGCUGAGUCCCAUGUUCUUUUCGAUUAUUUAAUUCGCGUUAUCACCUCGAGUAUUUCUACGAUAUCUCCUUGCCCUUCCUUUUGGCGAUGACACGAAAGAUAUAAACAUGGUCCAUGUUUUUUUCCGAACGUUCAUAUAAACAAGAUACGCACCGCCGAAUCAAAUGUUAAUGUAAACAUGGUAUGCACCACCGAAUCACGUGUGAGGUCAUAUUCCUCUCGCAUACCCCCCCCACGCUAAAAAGUUUCCCCCGUACACCCGACUCCCCUCAUUACUUAUGGCUUAGAACUCUUAUAUAUACCCUACUUCCAUUCUGUAUGAAGCGCCAGUGAAAAUUCAUAACGUACACGUUUGUCAAAGUGUUUUGCUUCCAGAAGAAACUUAUUGUUUCUUCUAUAAAAUAUUUUAUGUAACGUGCAUCUAUAAUAUAUAAUCAGCAUACUUUGCAAAACGCGACAAUCAACAAAACAAUAAGAGGCAAAAAAUGGAGGAAAUGGAGGAAGAGAACCAACCAGAUGUAAAAGAUUUGUCGAUAGAGCGUAUCUUACAUCUAAUAUCAUAUACUUCCUGGCUCCUGGGCGUCGGUGCAGCACAUCCGCAAAAGUGUUCAAAAGCUAAAACGAUAAUAAUACGUAUAUUUUAUGUGAUUUUGUGUUCCAUUAACAUCAUAAUGAUAUGCAUCGUAAUUGACUUAUCAAGAAGUAUGGCAUUUUGCAGCAAAGUGAAUGCGAAGCAAGAGAAAUUUUGUAUAUUUCAGAAUGACGUAAUCUAUUACAUGUUUGGACUAAAUAGUGCGAUGACUUACAUAUCAACCUACUGUUACAUCUUUCACGGAAUCAAGCAGUACAACAAGUGGCCGGAGCUGAUGGACAGAUUAAAAGAACUCGAUCAAAAGAUCAGGAAAGAAAUAUCCAUGGAUGACCAGUCUAUAAAAAUUGUCGCAACGCUAGCAUUUUUUGUGACCUUUUUCUGUUUCAGCAUUUCUUUUUCGCUUUAUUUUUUUGCAUAUUCUAUGAGCAAUUACCUGUUCAUAACAAUUGAAGCCAUAAUGUUAGCUCAGUCGUUGUUUAAUAGCUUUGUCUUUGACAUUGUUGUCUACAUGUUAUAUUGCAGAUUUCAAACGAUAAAUAAAUUGAUUGGCCAGUUGGAUACGUUAUCCGAUGUGCGACGGAUAGUGUUCAAGAUUAGACGCACCAGAGAAUUGCAUACCGAUGUUUGUGAUCUUGCCAGCGUAGUGAACGAUAUUUAUGGUCUUCAACUCCUCUUUUGCUUGAUGUGUUGCUUCAUCAAGACUGUAAUUACACUAUUCCAUGCUUACUACUCAAUCAAAACGCAAGAUCCACAUUACUUUUAUCUGGUAGCUGUUUACAUUUGCAUUGUGUACGUCACGCAAUUCUAUUUAAUUUGUUUAGUUUGCACGCUCGCGCGUGAAGAAUCUAUUAGGACCGGAAAAAUUAUAUACGAAAUUAUAUUGAAAUGCAAACCUGAAAAUUUUGAUAAGAGCGAUGCAAAUCCGUCGAGUCUAGAAAUGCAACCUCUACUCGAAGAUUUGGGCGGCAAGCAAAGUUUCAGUAGAAGCAGCAGUCACAAUUUGAGUUAUGCCGACGUGGAAAAUCUCUUGUGUAGAUAUUUGGAUCGAGAGUGUGUCACAAAAGAGAUCAAUGAUUUUUCGAUUCAACUGCAGCAAAAUCGAAUAGCAUUUACGGCCUGCAAUUUCUUCGAAAUAAAUAAUAGUUUGUUCAAAGAUUUCGUCGGGUUAAUCUUCACUUACCUAUUUAUCUUUGUUCAAUUUUAUCCACCACCAAACUGAUAAGAAAGAUACUAAAACCAUAUUUAAAGCGUUUUAAAAUGUAUUGAAAUCCAACGUCACGUAUUUAUACAUUAUAGCACCAAUUGUAAACGUUUCUUCUUUUUCUAAAAAUUGUUAUACUUUUAUAUUAUAUAAUAAUAUUGUCUUGAUGUGUUCUGUCUUCUUAUGUCUUGCUUGUAAAAAUAAAUUAAAAGAUUAAUAUUAUGUAAAAAA